UCAGGGGAAGAUGAUGAUGACGAUGAAUGUGGGGAGGAGAAGCUGCCCUCCUGCUUCGACUAUGUGAUGCACUUUCUGACCGUCUUCUGGAAGGUCCUUUUUGCCUUCGUGCCCCCAACAGACUACUGGAAUGGCUGGGCUUGCUUCGUCGUCUCCAUCCUCAUGAUUGGCCUCCUGACAGCUUUCAUCGGUGACCUGGCGUCCCACUUCGGCUGCACAAUUGGCUUGAAGGACUCGGUCACCGCGGUUGUGUUUGUCGCACUGGGGACAUCGGUGCCAGACACAUUCGCCAGCAAAGUGGCAGCAACACAGGACCAGUACGCAGAUGCCUCCAUCGGGAAUGUCACUGGGAGCAACGCUGUGAACGUUUUCCUGGGCAUUGGGGUGGCCUGGUCAAUCGCAGCCAUUUACCAUGCAGCACACGGACAAGCCUUCCAAGUCUCACCUGGCACCCUGGCCUUCUCCGUCACCCUCUUCACCAUUUUUGCUUUUAUCAGUGUGGGUGUGCUGCUCUACCGACGGAGACCCGAGAUUGGAGGUGAGCUGGGCGGGCCGCGGACUUCCAAGCUGCUCACAUCUUCACUCUUUAUCCUCCUCUGGCUCUUGUACAUAUUCUUCUCAUCUCUGGAAGCCUACUGCCACAUAAAGGGCUUCUAA